CGGACCGUGCUCAUGUCCCGAUGGCCCUUCUAGUAGCAAUCGUUUUCGUGUUGUCAGUCAUCGACGUCUGCCGUGCAAACAGUGAACCCGACUGCGAUUGGCAGCGAGUGUUGAGUGUCGGCGAUGAGCCUGAAGUGACAGUGUCUUUACAGUGUAAGUUACGUACGAUCGGAAAUGCUGACAGCGUACUCUCGAACCUUACCUCAGCCCAAUUGGAUAUGAUAACUACUUUGCGCCUUGAGUGCUCCGAUGUACUGUUCUUCGAGAGCUCCUUGGAUGUCAACAGUUUUCUGACUCAGCUUCAUCGGCUCCGAGAUCUCAGGUUAGAAUUUUGUAAAAUAAGGCAUGUGCCCCCCGGUGUUCUUUCCGCUUCUAGAGAACUCAAACAGUUAGUAGUUAGGACCCAUAAUACGGAUUGGUCUGCCAUGACAAUGGAAUUUCAUCCGAAUGCAUUUAGAGGUUUGACUCAAUUAAAACAUUUGGACCUUUCUGAUAAUAAUAUUUGGAAUUUGCCUGAAGAACUUUUUUGCCCGUUAUACUCACUGACACACUUGAAUAUGUCAAGAAAUAGGAUGCAAGAUGUCUUAGAAUUAGGAUUUUCGGAUUGGGGUGAUGGUCCUAGCGCACCCGGAAAAACCUGCAAUGUCGGUCUUGAAGAAUUAGAUGUUUCCAUGAACGAUAUAUCUCUGAUACCAGAUAAUGCAUUUACAAGUCUUAGAUCACUUCAGAAAAUUUUAUUACAAGAAAAUGCCAUAGCAUCGAUGGCUGAUAGAGCUUUUGUCGGUCUUGUUUCAUUACAAUACUUGAAUGCAUCUAGUAAUCAACUUGUUGCUCUUCCUCCAGAAUUAUUUCAAUCAACCAGAGACUUGCGAGAGAUCUACCUUAAUAACAAUUCAAUCAGUGUCCUAGCUCCAGGAUUAUUAGAAGGUUUAGACCAGCUGCUUGUAUUAGAUUUGUCCUACAAUGAGCUUACAAGCGCUUGGGUUAAUAGAGACACUUUUUCAGGUCUUGUCCGCCUGGUCGUCUUAAAUGUAGGCCACAAUCAACUAUCGAAAAUAGAUUCUCACGUUUUCCAAGAUUUAUACAGCUUGCAAAUAUUGAACUUGGAACACAACGAAAUUGAAUGCAUUUCGGAGGGCGCGUUCAUGUAUCUUAGCAACCUCCACGCUCUGACGCUGUCUCACAACAAACUAGUUAACGUUGAAUCUUAUCAUUUCACAGGACUCUACGUUCUCAAUCAGUUGUUUUUAGAUCACAAUAAAAUCAAUAUAAUUGACCGAAGAGCGUUUGAAAAUUGUUCGAAUCUUCACGAUCUGGGACUUGGUGGAAAUCAGCUCACUCAAAUCCCUGACGGUCUUACGGAACUCAAAUUUCUUAAAACUUUACAUCUUGGAGAAAAUCUUAUCACAAAUAUCGUCAAUACUUCGUUUCAGGGAUUAGAUCAACUGUAUAGUUUGACUUUAAUAGAAAAUAAAAUCACUAAUGUAACGAAGGAUUCGUUUUCGACUCUCCCAUCUCUUCAAAUUUUAAAUUUGGCUUAUAACCAAAUAGAGCAUGUCGACAAAGGAGCUUUCGGCACAAGUCCCACACUCCAUGCAAUAAGGCUUGAUGGAAACCAAUUAAAAGAUAUUAAUGGUAUGUUUGUCAAUUUGACUGGUUUAGUCUGGUUAAAUGUUUCCGACAAUCAACUUCAAUGGUUUGAUUACGCACUAAUACCACAGAGUUUAGAGUGGUUAGAUAUGCAUAAAAAUAAUGUAGCGGAUUUAGGUAAUUAUUUUGAAAAAAGGGAAAAUUUGCAAAUAAAGAUGUUGGAUGCCAGUUUUAACAGACUGACUGAAAUAAAUGAAAAUUCUAUACCCGAUUCAGUAGAGAGCUUACUACUUAACGAUAAUCUGAUUAGAAAAGUGAAACCAGGAACUUUUCAGAGAAAAAGUAAUUUGAGUAGGGUUGUACUUUUUGCUAAUAAAAUUCAAACGCUAGAUCUCGCCGCCUUGCGACUGGAUGCUAUUCCUGAAGAAAAAGACUUGCCACAGUUCUAUCUGGGCAAUAAUCCCAUCCACUGUGACUGUACUAUGGAGUGGCUCCAGAGAAUAAACCAAUUGAGCCGAUUGCGGCAGCAUCCUAGGGUCAUGGAUCUCGACUCUGUCACUUGCCACUUGACACAUUCGCGUGGCAGUCCGACCAGACCGCUCAUGGACCUCAAAUCAUCCCAAUUCUUGUGCCCUUACGAGACUCAUUGCUUCGCAUUAUGCCACUGUUGUGAUUUCGACGCCUGUGAUUGCGAAAUGACCUGCCCUGCUAAUUGUACGUGUUAUCAUGAUCAUACCUGGACAGCUAAUGUAGUAGAUUGUUCCAAUGCUGGCUACACUUCCGUACCGACCAAAAUACCUAUGGAUGCAACAGAAAUAUAUUUAGAUGGCAAUGAUUUGGGAGAACUCGGCAGUCAUGUAUUUAUCGGGAAGAAAAAGCUCGAAGUUUUAUAUUUAAACAAUAGUAAUAUCGAUUCUCUCCAUAAUCGUUCAUUUAAUGGAGUCACUUCCCUCAGAGUUCUCCAUAUGGAAAACAACCAUAUUCAUGAACUUCGUGGUUUCGAAUUCGACCAAUUAGAAAACUUGAACGAAUUAUAUUUGGACCAUAAUGAAAUAAAACAUUUAGGAAACAACACCUUCAAAUCUAUGAAAACAUUGGAAGUCCUCAAAUUAGAAUCGAACAACAUUGUAAAUUUCAAACCGUGGGAACAGUUAUCUUCUGAAACAUUAGCUACAGUAUCUCUAGAAGGUAAUACAUGGACUUGUAACUGCGAUAAUAUCGGUCCUAUGGAAGCAUGGUUGAAAGAGAACUCCAACACUUUAAAUACGGAUAAGCUGCUCUGUGCCGAUGGUAAGACAACUCUUCUUGACACGAUACGGCGAUGCAGUGAGAAUCGUGAUUCUGCUGCAGCGACUUCGGCCGUUCACCGCAAUACCUUCUACAAUACUGCCAUUCUCGAAGGAGACUAUGUGCCGUUUGUAGCCGGCAGCCUUGUUGUAUUUAUCAUCAUACUUCUUAUCACGACUUUAGGAUUUAUAUUCAGGGAAGAGGUCAGUUUAUGGGUCCAUUCCCGUUAUGGGAUAAGAGUUCUCAGCGGAGGGGGGCACAGUCAGGAUGACCGCCUAUACGACGCAUAUAUGGUAUACAGCGUCAAAGAUGAAGAGUUUGUAAGUCAAGUGAUAGCAUCUAGCUUAGAAAGGUCUGGAUAUUCUUUAUGCCUUCAUUAUAGAGAUCUCCACGUUAUGAGCCCGACCUAUCUGACAGAUAGUAUUUUAGGGGCUUCAGACGCAGCGAGGAGAAUCCUCAUAGUGUUAUCCUUAAGUUUUCUUCAAAAUGAAUGGGAACGGCCUCCGUUCAGAGCAGCUCUCCAGGCUUGCCUCGAGAGGACGAGGGCCAGGAGGAGCAAAGUCAUACUUCUUCUGACCACUGAUAUCGGGCCUGAUCCCGAGCUACAGCUUCUCGUAAAAGCCUGCAAAGUGAUCUCUUGGGGUGAGAAAAGGUUCUGGGAGAAACUGAGGUACGUGAUGCCAGAUGUACAGAGGAAGACCGCUGAAGGGCUGAAGAAAGUCGUCGUCGAGGGUAAGACGGGUGCUAGGUAUACCGCGGCUCCGACGUCGCAGGAAACCUGGUACCGGAUGUCGCCGGCCUCGAUAACGCAGUCUUCGGCACCGACGGGUUCGACGUGCGUCUCGGAAGAAUCCUCCCAGAGGACGACGGACGAAGAAGAAGAGCCGCAUAGCUAUGUGUCGAUAGAUUACCAGCAGCAGAGGCCUAAGGUACAUCACCACGUCUACAGCUGCAUACCAGACCCCCAGGCAGGGGCAGGCCAGGGCAGGACCUAUUUCGUAUAAUUGAUCCUACCAGCCUUUCGGUGUUUGGAGACCAAUGUCUUCGCGCUUUGCAUUUGUGAUUAUUUAGCCAGUGUAAGUUAUGCUUCUGAAUAGUGAUAUCUUAACGAAUUAGACAUGUAAAUAAUUGUUUAUAGUCAUAGGCCUUUGUAUUAUAAUAACUCGAUUAUAUUGAAAAAAAAGAUUACCAGUGAUUUUUGUACAUAAUUAUACGUAAUAAUUUAUUUCCUAUUACCUUAUGCUCUUUUGAGAUUUUGUAAAUACAUGUAAAAGUUAUUUGUCUAAUACUUAUUAAGUACUGGAAGGCAAUGUAUUUAUGUUAUUUAAGAAACAAACAAAAAAUUAAGUAUCAAAUUUUAAAAUGAACUCCUAAAUUUGUCAUAUAUGAAAUAUGGAAAUUUAUGUAAGCUUUCAUUAAGACUGAUUGGCCAAAUGGUUCUUGCCUGGAUAGAUUCCGACCUGGGUUAAUUGUAUACCGGUUGGGAUCCAUAGUUUAGAACUAUUUCUUAUGUAAAGCUCUGUUAUAUAUAUCGAAUUUUAAGAAAAUAGAAAUGUAUAUGGUAAUUUUAAGACCCAUGAUUGUUCCUAUACUGUAUUUUCUUUUUUUUUUUUUUUUUAUAACUAAGUGUAUUUUAGUUUUCAAUAGAUGCACUAUAGAAUCAAAAUUGUAUUGUAAAACCAUGAAGAAUGCUUGUACAGUUAAACUGUUAUAGACAUUGUAAAUGUGUUAUUUUUAUGAGUAGACGCUCAUCCUCUGAAGUACUCAUAGUUUACAAGCUAGUCCCAUUAUAAAAAUUAAAAUUGUAUAAAAGAAAAAUUAAAAAAAAAAAAAAAAAUUGUGUCGGUUACAAUUAUGUAAUGAUAAAACAAGAAGACUGAGGAGGUGUGUGUAUUGACUUAAGGUCUUAUGUACUUUAAUGGUAAAAGCGCUGUGCUCAAAUCUAUUCAGAUAAUUUCAGCUUCUUUAUAUAUUAUAAAUUUAAAAAACAAAACAAAAAAAAAAUGACGAAAUCUCUUUUAAAAAUAUAUAUAUAUAUUUAUCCUGUAUUUUAUAAUUAUGGUGCUGUUUUAUGUCGAUGAGAUGUUAAGAGAUGAUUUUGAUUUGUUGUAAAUUCGUAUUUAUUUGUUUCAUAUUUUGUAAAUAUUAGUUUCUUUGUAAAUAUAAUUUUGAGAAAUGCAGGGGAGACCUCCCGAAUAAAAAUAUUUUAUAAUUAAAAAAAAAAAAUUGUUGUUAUUCUUUGAACAUCUAUAAUACCCAAGGAACCCUGGACAAUUGCCUGGAGCCUGAGAGAAGGAGAGGAUGAAAAUUGAACAAUUAUUUUGAUAGCAUGAACUCAGUAGCUGGAACCUUUAAUUACAG